AACAGUCUCGGCACGCCGUCGGCAGCGGCUGGUCGGUCGAUACGUCAGUGGGAGGCGCGCGGCCGGUCGGAGCACACCUCUCGCGCCAGUCGCUGCCGCCUGCUCCAGCAGUCGCGCCAGACGUCCGAGGUCACAGCAGCCAGACCGCCUGGGCUCUGUUUAAUCUGUGGCGUUGUUUAUCGGGAAUUGUCUGGCGCACAGAGCUGACCUCUGAGGCCCAGUGUUACGCGCGUGGUGUGAUCAGUGAGAGAAGCUAGUGUCUGAAUCGGUGCAGCCAUGAACGGAGAUCGUCCCGAGGGCACCAACGGCCGGCACAAGAGCGGUGAUGCCACCAACGGCCGCCACAAGAGCGGUGAUGCCACCAACGGCCGCCACAAGAGCGGUGAUGCCACCAACGGCCGCCACAAGAGCGGUGAUGCCUCCAACGGCCGCCACAAGAGCGUCGACGGCGAGGACGGCGAGCAGCAGGAGGUGAUGGGCCCGCUGGUGCGGCGGCGCAGCUCGCUGGCGCACGCCAAGUGCAUGUUCCACAACGACCUGGAGCUGGACCACCGUCCGACGGCCAAGGACAAGCUGGUGGGCAGGAUGGCCGACAGCUACCGGGACCUGCUCACCUCGCUCGGUGAGGACGUCAAUCGCGACGGCCUGCUCAAGACGCCCGAGCGGGCCGCCAAGGCGCUGCUCUACUUCACCAAGGGCUACGACCAGACCAUCCAGGAGGUGCUCAACGAGGCCGUCUUCAACGAGGAGCACGACGAGAUGGUGAUCGUCAAGGAGAUCGAGAUGUUCUCCAUGUGCGAGCACCACCUGGUGCCGUUCAUGGGCAAGGUGUCGGUGGCCUACCUGCCGCGCGGCCUGGUGCUCGGCCUCAGCAAGGUGGCGCGUAUUGUGGAGAUCUACAGCCGCCGGCUGCAGGUCCAGGAGCGGCUCACCAAGCAGAUCGCGCACGCGCUCAUCGAGGCUAUCAACCCGAGCGGCGUGGCCGUCACCAUCGAGGCCACGCACAUGUGCAUGGUGAUGCGCGGCGUGCAGAAGAUUAACGCCAAAACGGUGACCAGCUGCAUGCUGGGCGUGUUCCGCGACGACCCCAAGACGCGCGAGGAGUACCUGGCGCUGAUGCGAUAGGCGCCGGCCGGGGAGACGGUCAGAGAGGACGUGGCAGCGGAAGUCGGGGGGAGGGCAGUGGAAGACGAGAUGGAAGGAGAGGGAUCGGGCGAUAGUGGAUCGCACACCGCUUGAGGGUGGAGAAGGUGAUCCUGAAGAUUAGCAAAGGAAGAUAUUUGUUAUUCAGAGGCGUAAGGAAAUAAUAAGAUCUUAGCUAUGAAGGAAUACGUCAAAAAUAUAACCAAACUUUGAACACAAACCUGAACUUCGGUACCUACCUAGCACAUUAUUAUAUGUAAUAUGAAAGAACCAAGAAAGAACCGUGAGAUACAAGAACAUUACCCAUGGGCUUCUCGAAUUAAAAUGUGAAAAAGGCUGGGAAGGAAGGCAAGUGUGACAGUGAAGAGACUGUCGGUGUUCGGAAGGCACUGUUCAUUCACGAACAGAUUUCUCUCGACUGUCUCCCUGGCCCGCUAUGCUUGUGAAACCUUUUUGUUGGCUUGACGGCGUGUGGAUGGAUUAGCGUUCAUAGCAGGUACCUAAUUGAUAUGCAAAUAAUUCCAUUUAUCACCAACUUUUGAUCUUAUUUAUUUUACGUUAACUUGAUGUCAUUGGUCGGGUCAGAGCAUUCGGAUUUGAAUCCAGUGGCUGCCUCAUAUCCGGAUAUGAUUCUCUUUUACAGCGUCCUUCGAUGUAUUUUUCAACGAAAAAUACGAAAAGUUCGAGUCAACGAAAAUCUGACUGUGUCGUCAGAUCGAGUCCCAUGCAUGACCACUGGGGUCAAAACACUCUGAAGUGAGUGGUUACCUGACCAGGGAUAACUGGAUGACGGAUGGUCAAAGCUGGCCAGCCCCCCCCCCCCCUCAACGUGCGUUACCGUCAUAUAUGCAGUGUGCUGUGUCGGGCUGGAGGCCCGCAUUUGUUUGUGCUUUGUUAGGGUGGCGGGUGGUAUUUAAGCAGUGAGCUCUUUAGUGCAAUCCAAUUUUGGAUCUCCUACGGUGACCGUACCUAUGCACUGUUCUCCGCAGAUGUGUUACAUUCUAGUCCUUUGCGUAUCUAGUACCCUUCUCCCGGUGUUUUAACAUUUUAGAUGUUUCUUCUGUUCUUUUCGCCAAACAUGGUUUUUACUCGCUGACGCGUAAAGCCCCGUUUCACAAUGGGCCCCGCCGUUGAUUGAUGUAAGUGGUGUGUCGUCUCUCGUUGUGCUGCGCUCCGCCGCCGCUGUUGCUGCCACUACUGCUGCUGCUGUGGAGGGACCAGCACAGGACCACCUGCGGAGCGGCGGCGGCGGCGGCCCAUGUGCCAAAUGUAACCGUCUGUGACGAGCCGGGACCAAGUAACUGUAUCGGGACCAACUGCGCGCGCUGUCGUGUGUCGGUGUGUGUGUCUGUCGGCGCCGUGAGCGCUGCCGUCGGCACGCUGUUGUGAUCUGUAGUAGGUAGUCGGACCGGCCUAACGUGGUCGGCCGGCCCCAGUUGGUGUCGCAAAGCUCUCUGAGAAAUAAACCACCCAAAGGUGUGA